CGGGGCUCACAGAGGCUGAGCGCUCGCUGAGGGAGGGCAGGUGCUGCUGCCGCCGCCGGGUGUCCGCUGUGGAACUCCUGCAAAUGGUUCUAAAAAUCCCGCUUCGGAGAUCUGUCAGCCUGAGCCCGGAACAUCAGCCACCUGUGUCCCCAGCAGACAUGACUGGACCCGCUGCGCUGAAAAUGGAAGCAAAUAUCUUAGUCCUUGGUGCAGACGGGGUUGGAAAAUCAGCGCUGACUGUUCGAUUUCUAACCAGACGUUUCAUUGGAGAAUAUGGUGAACUUGAAUCCAUAUAUAGCCAUAAUGUUUUGGUGGAUGGAAAGGAAGUCGUCUUUAAUAUUUGGGAUUUUCCAUAUUCAAAGGAGCCUACAGAAGAAAGCUGUGCUGAGGAGGAGAAACGUAUUCAAUGGGCAGAUGGUUUUGUCCUUGUCUACAGCAUUUGUGACAGAACAAGUUUUAACAUUAUCUGCCAGACAAUCCAACUCAUCAAAGCUUCCAAAGACUGUUUAGGGCCGGAAAAACUGCCCAUUGUCAUUGUGGGUAACAAACGUGAUCUUCAUCAUCUACGAACAGUGUCUAGUGAAGAAGGAAGGCUCUUGGCUCUUUCUAUGGACUGUGACUUCUAUGAGGUUUCAGCAGCAGAGGCCUAUCAUGGUGUCCUCAUGGUAUUUCAUGGAUUAGUAGACAAAAUUAAGGAAUCCAAACUGGUUACGAAGAAGGGGACGGGAAUACGAGGCAUUGUAAAGAGUAUGUCGGCAGUGUUUGCCAGGAGAAGAACGGACUCUCUGUAAUACCAGAGAUAUUUUGCUGACAGGGACACAGGACAUCUGGUGUGCUUGCGCCUACUUCAUUUCUGUCUUGACUGUGGAUUUCUUACUCUGCAGUGUACAGGCUAUCUAGGACUUCUUUCUCUGUACUGUUGAUCAUUGUUCUUUUCACGUGUGGGUUAAUGGUUUACUUAACAGUUUCUGAAGUUGGCACUAACAUACAACAGUGGUAAGAAUAGAGAAGUCAGAAUAGCUUGAUGUGAAGUGGUGGAAAUAUCAGUCUGAGAUUUACCACAAAUUAGGAAGAUCAAAAGCGUCCUCGGCUUUCAUCUUCCUAUUAUCUCAUCAGGCCUGUUGGCUCUUGCUGCUGUCUGCACCGCUGUUUUGCUUUGUCAUGUAUCUUGGCUCCAUCAUGUUGAUCUACAUACACAGUGAAAGGUACAUGAAUAUGAGCAACCUGAUCCUGCUUGUUAAAAUGAUUCCACACGUUUUACUAUUUGUGCCUUAUUUCUGAUCUUUGUGUUGUCACAGCAAUGUCCCUUGUGUGCACUGGGAGGAAUGCACUUUUUAUGAGGGUAAGGAAUGUGUGGAGCAGACAUACCAUGCUGUGACUGUACAGAAGCACCUCAUGGCUAAUUGCAGAAAUCACAAUAAACAGAUGUCUGUAUUCUUUUCUGUGAAUCCAGAAAGUGAACUUGUUCAUUCCCCAACCUGUGAAUACAAAGCUGAGGGGCUCCAUGCUGAACCAGUUCAGCCACUUGGACAAGGCAUUUUGACAGGAGGAUCACUAGUCUAAUGUGUAUGGGCAACUAGUCUUUUUCCUCUGUGCCUCGUUCUCCCUCUGUGGAAAGUGGGCAAUCAGUGAAUGGGACCUACAUG